AUGUAAUAUCUUUAUUCAUUUAGCAUUAAGUGUUUGAUUAUUAAUUUAUUUAUUUACUUAAGCUUUUUAUUUUGUAUGAAUCCUUUGAAUUUAGCUCCAAGCACUUAAAGCUAGAAUGCUCAACAAUAUUUGACAGCAACUUAGAUUGUUAUUCCAAUUAAAAAAUAGACUCUCAUCAAGCCAAAAAACCAUAAUUUGUUUAAUAAUCCAGAAUAUUUUCGUUCUAUCAGAGGCACUAGCCCGCAUGGAUAGAAUACUGGAACUAAUGCUAUGAAAAAUGCCAUUUAAGAUUAAGACAUUAAAGAUGAUUAAUCUUAAAAAGCUAGAAAAUAUAAUUUAUCUUCUUCUGACAAAAAGUUUUUUUUUCCUGAAAAUUAGAGACAAAAUAAAAUUCAAUUUUUAGGAGCCAAUUAGCCGAUUUCACCAAGUUUUGAUGCUAUAGUAGAUGAAGGAUUAGGAAGUGGACCAAUUAGCAUUCCUGAAAGUUAGAAUAGCAGUGUAAGAAAUAUAGCCAGGAUUAAUAUAAACAACAAUAAUAAUUUUUUUAAUGCUGUUUCUCCUCGCGAAAAUGCUUACGCAUCUCCAUAAUUAAAUAGCAAUGCAGUUAAGACUCCAAAGGAUAAUGCUGGAGGAGGCAUAGGGAUAAUAGAAGAUUUUAAUUACAGGAGUAAGAAUAGAAAUCGUCCAUAAAUAUUUUAAAAUAGUAAAAACAUAUUGUAAAGCAGAGUACCUUCAAUAAAGCCAAAUGGAAACGAGUAUGACUUUGGAUCAUAGACUAAGCUACCUUUUUUUACAAAUAACGAGCAAGAUAAAGGAGCUGAGCUGAAUUAUGAUUUUUCACACAUCAAAGAGUUGAAUCAGGAUAAUUUUCUGAAAUACAUUCAUCCAAAACAAAGAGAAACGAUUUACCUUCUUUUUGGAGAAAAGAGAGACCAUUGGUAGUAAUCUUGGUAGAAUUAAAAGCCAAACGAAAAGGAUCUAUUUGUAAGCGAUAACAACUCCUAAAAAACAAUUACUUAUUAUGAAAAAUUAGACAGAAGAGCUGAGAAGCUUAAAGAUAGAUUGAGAGAUACGAGCAAGAUAGUAAGCCACAUGAUGGAGAGAAGAAAAAAAUUCCUCCUUGAACACGAAGAAUUAAUAAAAUCAAUUGAAAGAUAUAAAGAUUCGUUGGAAAUAAUUUAAAAAACCAGCAAAAAAAAGGUAUUUGAAAGAGAUAUAUAACUUCUUGUCGAGUAAAUUAAAUUAAAAAUAGAAGACCUUAAAGACAAGUAUAGAGAAGCAAAUGAUUUAAUUGUCAUAUUUAGUAUUGCUAGCAAUCAAUAUUUAAACAGCAAUUAAAAUUGGUAAAGUAGCAACAGUUCGAUGAUGGAUUUGAAUAAAAUGUAAAAUUAGCAAAUUCAUAGCUAAAAUAUUUCUAAAGUAGAAAGUCAUUAUAAGCAAAUUUAAUCCACAUAUAACUACCAGAGUGUCUUCCAUUAAUCUAGCAAUAUGCUUGAUUUUGAUUCUAGAGCUUUGCAAAUUUAUUAAGAAUUUCAAUAAUAAAUUCGUAAUCUUGAUGCUGGGCUUAAUGAAUAUAAAAAAUAUCUUAAAUUAGAUAUUGAAGGAGAGGAGUUUAAUAUUAGAACUUAAGAAUUGCUUUAGAUCCUCAAAUAAUGCACCACUUUUACAGCAGAUGCUGAAAAAGAAAUCAUACUUUUGAAUUAAGAACUCGGAAAUAAUUUGAAGGAGAUUACUAUUUCUCUCAAGUAAAAUGUAGAAUUUUAUACCAGAGUAUAUUAGGCGAUAGAGGAGAGUUUUGAUUUGGUAUGCAAAUUAAUUUAUUUAAGCUAAUCUAAAUUCAAAGAAAUGAACGAGCAAAUUUCUGAGACAACUAAAGAUAUUGAGCUUUUUGUUUCAAAGUUCUUAAGAAGAAAGUAAACUUAACAGAAGAGUAUAAGCAUAUCUCAACAAUAAAGCUAAAGUUUGAUGGCUUAAUUAAGUAGCACUAAAAAUAGCAAUCAACUCGUUUACAAUGAAGAAGAAAUUAAAAAGGGUAUUAUAUAAAUAUAACAAAGAAUCUAAGAUAUUUUACAAAAUACUUCAUCCCUUAAAAAGCAAGUAAAAUAGCUUGCAACAGAUCCUCGUUGUUAGUAUUUCAUUUAACUUCGCUUUAAAUAGUCAAAUAAAAUUAUUUACAAACUCGAGUUGAUGAAUUCAUAGGUAGAUUGCUUGUAGAGAUUCAUUUAGUUAGUUUGCACAAGAUUAGAUGAAGACUUAAAUGAAAUAAUUUAGUUCCAAGAGUAGAUGAAAAAGAUAACAAAUGAAUUUGGAGCAAUUACAUAAAUAAAAGAGCAUAAAAGAGUGACUGAAAUGCUCAAAUAACUUUAUUAAGGCUGUAAUUUGUUGAUUUCAAAUAUGGGAAGUUCUUUGAAUAGAUUAAAUUGCUACAUUGAAUUUAACUAAAUAGGAUCUGCUUAAAAGAAUUUUUUCACAAUUCAGGCUUAAUUAUAAAGUGGAAUUUAAGAGAUUACUAAAUUGUAAGAGAAGAUUCUCAUAGAAACCAAAAAGAAAGGAAAAAGUGAGUAAUUUGAAUUAAAUAUGAAGAAAUUAGAUGAAUUUUCUGAUUUAUGCUAGAAAGAAAUUGAAAACUUCAAGAGAUAGAAAGAUUAUAUCUUUUUUAACUUCUAGGAUUCUGAAAAAUUCCACAUGCCAGCAAUGAUAGCUUUGGGAAAUGCUCGUUAAGCUUACAAUAUAAUGAACAACAACAUGAAAGAAGAUCCUGCCUUACAACAAUUCGAAAAGCAAAUAGUCUAGCAAAAAAACACCUUAGAGCUCUGCAACACCAUUUUCGAGAACAUUUCUUAUUUGCAAUUGUAGAAUUUCUAAUACCUUUCUUUUAACUUCAACAUCAAAGACAAUAAAUUAGAUUAUGAAACCAAUUUAGAUGAACUUCUUCAAGGUGUUGACGAAUCUUUGAAAAAUAUAACUCAGUGUUGGGAAACUGUAUAAAAUUAAGCUUAUGAAAAGUUUUUGAAUGAUAUUACACAAAAGUUAAUUGAAAUGAUUAAAUAGCUCUAUGAUUUUAUUAGUUUUUGGAUGAAAGGAGUAAAGCUUAUAGUGAAAAAAAUAAAAGAAAGUGUGGACAGUAAACAUUUUGUUAAGAAAGAGUUUUAAUAAAAAAUAAUCGAUGAGAGUAUAGAGCCUUUCCUGAAUUUUUUGAAUAACAGAAUUUCAAGUGACUUUUCUUCUUACUUCAAAGGAAUUAUCAACGUUUUAGCUAAAAAAGUGAACGAGUGCUGUGCUAAUUUGAUAGUUUUUGUUUACGAAGGUACUCAGAAAGAAGUAACUUAUGAAAAUAUAGAAGCAGUAACAUCUUAGUUAGAAGAAAAGCUUAACUAAAGAAGCAGCAUACCAAAAUUGCCAGUACUUUAUGACUUGUACAAAUGUGUAAAUUUUUUGGAUGUUGAAAAAUCCUACGAAAAUGAAGAAAUAAGAAGCAGGAUAAAGCUAUUAAGAUCAAGAGUAACAGAGUUACUUGUAAGUUAAAUAGACAAUUUUAUCAACUAAAAAGACUAGAAAGUACUUCUCAUGCUUAGCUUUUACAAAGAUGUUGUGCUGAACGAAUCUAUUUUACACUACAAAGAUUAAAUUGAUUCACUUAUUGAUUUUUGUUUGCAUUUAAAUUCUAGAUUCAUUUUAAUUUAACAAAUUCUAGAUGAGUCUAAAUAAAAAUGGAAGCAAUAAAUCUAUGUAUAGAUUGAUUAAAAUGAGACAUCUUUCUUUUCGUACCUUCUUAAGUAUUAUGACUUAGUGAACAAGGGAUCAGUAUUCGAUCAAACACUUAAUUCAUUGAUUGCAACAAGCUAGUAGGAAUUAAGAAAUAAACUUUAACAACAGAAAGAGAAAAGCAAUAAAAUAUUUUACGAGUCAUUGGGUAUUUAAGAAAAUGGUUCUUUACAUUCUGAGCUUGUUUAAGAUCUUUAUUAGCUGUUAAAUUACUUCUAAUCUCUUUCUAUAUAUAAACAAAUGUUACUAAACAGUGAAUUUUACUUUUUAAGCUAUUUAAAAACUGAUUUCAAGCAGUUUGCAACUAGCAUCCAAGCUAUUCACGAUGCUCUCUUAACUCUAAAAGAAGCAACUAUUGUGUACACAUUUAAAAAUAAAUACUUGCCAAACCCUAGUCUUGACAAGCAGCAAAUUUUCUAAGUUCCUUUUGGAGUAUUUUUAGGGAUAAAUGGAUUCAAUAGAAUAGUUGAGCUAAAAAACAGCCAAAUCUUAGAUAGCUGGAUUAAAAUAUUUAACAAAAUUCAGCAAUAAAUAUCAGAGACUAACAAUAAAAUGAAUAACAUCAAAAGUAUAAAAACAGUUGACAUAUUUUAAAAUAUAUCUGUUUAUGAGCUUAACGAAAACCAAAUAAAUUUCAUAAAUAAAUUCAAGAACAUAAAUUAUAGCAGAUGA